AUGACGCUCCAAUGGACGAUCAUUGCAUUCGUACUGUACAUCGAAAUCGGUAUUACCUUCAUCCUUCUGCUCCCCUGGAUUCGUCCUACUUUGUAAGAUUUAUCUCAAAUGGUUUCAACAUUUAGAUGCGAAAACCUUUUUUUUAUGUUGUAUUAUUUUUGUACAAUAACGUUGUUCUGUGGCUAUUUUUUAUAAAUGAAUAUCAAAAGAAAAACGAAAAUAAGUUUCCAAGGAAAAUUUAAUAAUUAGAAAGGAAGUUUAUCGCAUUCCAUGAGAGAAAAACAAAGUUCAAUCGAUCAGAUUUACAGGUGGAGCAAGCUCUUCAAGAGUCACUUAUUUAACUUACUGGCAAGGCAUGCACACAUUUACUCGGUCACCUUUGGUUUUGUCCUCUUCGUUCUUUUCGCAGGUUUAUUCCUUUCGCGAAAAAAUUCUGCUCGUAAUGGACUUAUGAUCUUGGAUAAAACUUUGGAGUUGAAAGAGUUUGGAAAUAUUUACACUCAGGCAAUUCUUGAAGAUAAAAGUCUGGGAAAGGGGUUGACUGAUAAAAAAUUUCAUUUGCCAGAUAACGAAAAUAAGCUUCCGAAAAAAUCUAGAAAUUUGAAAGAAAGUUCAUUACCAAAUUUAAGGCUUUAUUUAAUGGUAGAUGAAUUCUGCUAAACCAGAAGAACAAGACUUGAAAAAAAAAGGAUUUUGAAAAAUGAAUUUAAUUUGCAAACAAAGAAUUGUAGAUGGUGUUCGGGAAACGAUGAAAUAUUCGCAUCUGGAGGAAAGAAUCACACGCACCGCCGAAUCCGACGCCACCCACCAUAUGCGACUUUUCCGAGCCCAGCGCAAUCUUUACAUCUCUGGAUUCGCCCUUCUUCUCUUCCUGUACGUUUUGAGCGAACGAAAAUAAGAGAAAAUAACACCAUCACUAUAAAUCAUAGAGGAAAAAUCUCUUUUUUUUCUCAAUCUUCCAAGAUAAGCUGGAACGAAUUGCUUUUCUUUUUAAUGAGUUUUGAUAUGCAGAAAAAAGUGGCUUAAAAAGAUAACAUUCUUCAAGUAAAAUUGUCUUUAAAAUUACUUCAGUAAUUUUAUGAAGUGGAAAAUUUCUUUGAAAUUUUUUCGCAUUCUUUUUAGUUGCUAGAAAACCGUCGUAAGCUAUUCACGAUUGCUUUACAAUGUCAUUCAGUUCUUUUUAUAUCCUGUUAAAAGUAAUUACCGCGAAAUUCAGAUUUGCCUCAGAGGUUAAAAAUUCAACUUAAUUUUAAAGAGUCGAUAAUGUUUUUGAGUUUCGUGGAAAUCUCUUUGAACCCGGCACUAGUUUUGAAUAGUAAUUUAUUCCUUUUCGAGGCGUUUAUUUCAGAAGCCCUUUUUCACCAAAACUUCUGCAUCAUAAAGACAAUCUUAAUUGAGGAAUUAAAGUUCUCUUGAAUUAUCUAUUUUAUUAAAAACUCGAGUUUCAUCUCAAUUUUUCCUGUGUGGCAAACAUUUAGGUCUUUUCGGAUGAGUUUAAAAAAAAAGGGAAAUGAACGAAAUUAUUUUCUUUCAGGGUUAUCAAGCGUAUCAUGGCUCUGCUGAUGCGCGGAGCCCAGCUUGAGGCUGCCAGCGAAGCGGCGAUGCGACAGGCCGAGUCUGCUUCCAAGGCCGCCAAGACGCUCCUCGACGCGGUUCGCUGCCGUCCACGAUUCAGCCAAUUCGAAACUCUUUGCAGAGCCCCGAAGGCGAUGGCGAUUCCGAUGAGCUGCGUCGUCAGAUCAAGGAGCUCGGCGAGGAGCUGAAGAAGGCUCAGAACGACCGCGACGCCAUGAAGGCCCAGGCCGAGAAUCUGCAAACCGAGUACGACCGCGUCUCUGACGAGCUCAACGCUCAUGAGGUUCGUCUUUUUUCUUCUUUUCUCGCGGCAGCUGCUUGUUUUAAAGAGUACACCAAAAGGUGUAAAGUCGUCACGGAUUUGCAAAAGCAAAAAGAUGAUAAUAAUAAACUUUUUUCCUUUACAAAUCUCAAAAGAAGCCUCAAAUUUUAUUUUGCUUUUUGUCAAAUCAGAAUUUUCGUUCAUUUUGUUCAGAAAAAAGGCCAAUUGAAUCGUUCCAUCUGAAUUCUGAAUUUUUCUUUCUUGACAGCCGAUAAAUUCAGAAGAAAAAAAUUUUAUGAAUUUUUAUAUUUUUUUAUAUUUUUAAUAUGGAGAGUACGUCAGUAUUCAAGCCUGUGAUCAAUUUAAAAAACUUUUUUAGCGAGGAUCGGCGAAGGUUAACAAGAAGGACGACUAG